AUGAUGAUCACCGGCAACCUUACGGCUCGACCAGCCACCUUCCGCCCCUCGCUCCGGGCUAGCGCACCGACUUCACCGCCCCGUGCCGAUGCUAAUGCCCAAUCGCCGGCCCGACCGCUCCACAUGGGGCAGCCGACUCCACAUCCGCUGGCCGCAUCUCAGAUCAGCUGCGGAAACGCAAGCGGAAACGCCGCUUUGACGCUCGGAGAAUCCGCCCGCCCAGUCAAACCGAGGGUGGUGGUAACCGGCGGAUCUGGAAAGCUCGGACGAGCCACUGUUGCUCACCUCGCUGAGCAUGGAUGGGAAGUGAUCAACUUCGAUCGCGUCCGACCCAAGACCGCUUCCGAGGACGGCAAGAGCGGUCUGGGAGGAGCGUAUCGCCUCGUCGAGAUCGACCUGACGGACAUGGGUCAGGUUCUCGAGGCGCUUUGCGAGAUCGACAUGGCCUACAAGGGCGUGCAGGCGGUGGUUCAUCUCGCCGCCAUGCCCUCGCCCGGUCAGAGCUCGUCGAGCAAGCAGUUCAACACCAAUGUUUCCUCGACCUACAAUGUGCUCGAAGCUUGCCGCAAGCUGGGUAUCAGCAACAUUGUCAUGGCCAGCAGCGAGACGCUCAUCGGCAUCCCACUCGACAUCGCUCCUGCCAAGCUGCCCAUCACCGAGGAGAGCCCCCUGCUCCCCGAGAGCGCCUACUCUCUCUCGAAGCUCGUAGGCGAGACGCUGGCAGAGCAGUACGUUCGCUGGUCGACUCAGUCGCAUCGCAACCCCGGCGCCGCCGCCAAGAUCAUCAGCAUGCGCUUCAGCAACGUCAUGCUCGAGGAAGAGUACGCUACCUUUGCCGACUGGCAGGAUGACCCCAAGAAGCGCUACUGGAACUGCUGGGGCUACAUCGAUGCUCGCGACGGCGCAGAGGCAAUUCGCCUCGCCCUCGACAAGGACAUCCAGGGUCAUCACGCAUUUAUCAUCGCGAACAAUAGAACCGUGAUGAAGACUCCGUCAGCAGAUCUCGUCAAGCAGGUUUUCCCUGGAGUUCCUUACACUCCGCUCAACGACCACCCGAACGUGACCCUACUAUCCAAUGAGAAGGCCAAGAAGAUGCUCGGAUGGGACCCAAAGCACGAUUGGAAGCCUUGA